AUGUCGAUCAGAACAAGACCCAACAAAAUGCAUCGGCAGGACAUUGCCCACGAAACACAACGCUUGACCCCAAAUAUCAUGAGUACCACCGUUGGAGCAUCUUCUGAGGCAAAACUAUACCACCAACUAUUACCACGCAUUGUUAGGAGAUCCGGUGGGAAACCACGAAUCACCGUCCAAGAUCAAGAUACCUUCACAGCUGCCAGAUGCAUUCUAAGCACCAAUUCCCAGGUUCGGGUAGGGAUUUUGAAUAUGGCCAGUGAAAAGAACCCCGGAGGAGGAUGGCUACGAGGAGCAUUAGCUCAGGAAGAAGCUUUAUGUUUACGCAGCACUCUGGCCGCAACAUUGAACAAGGAAUGGUAUCCUCUUCCAUCAUAUGGUGCCAUCUGGUCCCCGAAAGUAGCUGUUUUUCGCGAUGAAUUGGAGAAUGGUUAUCGCGUUUACAAUCCUGAGCAAAGAUUCAUUGUGGGCGUUGUGAGUCUAGCUGCAUUGCGUCGACCAGCGCUCACCAAGGAUAAGAAACAAUUUGCAAACCCAAAUGAUGUCCAAGUUUUGAAGAAUAAAAUGCGUCAGAUAAUGCGCAUUAUAGCCGACAAUAAUAUAUCAUACUGUGUUCUGGGAGCAAUGGGCUGUGGGGCAUUCCAGAAUCCUCCAUAUGAGGUUGCACGAAUCUAUAAGGAAGUUCUUGGCGAGGAGGAGUGGGAUGGGGUUUUUGAGGAGAUUGUAUUUGCAGUGUUGGAUACGAGGGGGAGUCGAAUUAUAGGAUAUUCAAGG